AUCAGAGCUCAAACUAGUAUCACUUCUCAGAAAGUGAAACUCAGACAGUCAUUGUUACUGAGAGGUGAAAUGGCGCAGCAAGGAGCUCAGCUGGACGGAGCUAAAUUCUGCUGUUCCAUCUGUUUGGAUCUACUGAAGGAUCCGGUGACUAUUCCCUGUGGACACAGCUACUGCAUGAGCUGUAUUAACAACUUCUGGGAUGAAGAGGAUAAGAAGGAAAUCUACAGCUGUCCUCAGUGCAGACAGACCUUCACACCGAGGCCUGUCCUGGUAAAAAACACUAUGUUUGCUGCUUUAUUGGAGGAGCUGAAGAAGACUGGACUCCAAGCUGCUCCUGCUGAUCACUGCUAUGCUGGACCUGAAGAUGUGGCCUGUGAUGUCUGCACUGGGAGGAAGCUGAAAGCCUUCAAGUCCUGUCUUCAGUGUCUGGUCUCUUACUGUGAGAAACACCUCCAGCCUCAUUACACUGUUGGUCAAUUUAAAAAACACAAGCUGGUGGACCCCUCGGAGAAGCUCCAGGAGAACAUCUGCUCUCGUCAUGAUGAGGUGAUGAAGAUGUUCUGCCGUACUGAUCAGCAGAUUAUCUGUUAUCUCUGCUCUGUGGAUGAACAUAAAGGUCAUGACACAGUCACAGCUGCAGCAGAAAUAACUGAGAGGCAGAGAGAGCUCGAGGUGAGUCGACUAAACAUCCAGCAGAAAAUCCAGGACAGAGAGAAAGAUGUGAAGCUGCUUCAACAGGAGGUGGAGGCCGUCAGUCGCUCUGCUGAUAAAGCAGUGGAGGACAGUGAGAAGAUCUUCACUCAGCUGAUCCGUCUCCUCCAGAAAAGAAGCUCUGAUGUGAAGCAGCAGAUCAGAUCCCAGCAGGAAACUGAAGUGAAUCGAGUCAAAGAGCUUCAGGAGAAGCUGCAGCAGGAGAUCACUGAGCUGAAGAGGAAAGACGCUGAACUGAAACAGCUCUCACACACAGAGGAUCACAACCAGUUUCUACACAACUACCCCUCAGUGUCACAACUCAGUGACCCUGCAGACUCAUCCGGCAUUGAUAUGCGUCUUCUGAGAUACUUUGAGGAUGUGACAGCAGCUGUGUCAGAGCUCAGAGAUAAACUACAGGACAUCCUGAAGGAGGAAUGGACAAACAUCUCACUGGCAGUGACUGAAGUGGACGUUUUACUGUCAGAAUCAAAAUCAGAGCCCAAGACCAGAGCUGGAUUCUUGAGAUAUUCACGUGAAAUCACUCUGGAUCCAAACACAGCACACACACAGCUGUUAUUAAAAGUGAAACUCAGACAGUCAUUGUUACUGAGAGGUGAAAUGGCGCAGCAAGGAGCUCAGCUGGACGGAGCUAAAUUCUGCUGUUCCAUCUGUUUGGAUCUACUGAAGGAUCCGGUGACUAUUCCCUGUGGACACAGCUACUGCAUGAGCUGUAUUGACAACUUCUGGGAUGAAGAGGAUAAGAAGGAAAUCUACAGCUGUCCUCAGUGCAGACAGACCUUCACACCGAGACCUGUCCUGGUAAAAAGUACCAUGUUAGCAGAUAUAGUGGAGGAGCUGAAGAAGACUGGACUCCAAGCUGCUGCUGCUGAUCUCUGCUAUGCUGGACCUGAAGAUGUGGCCUGUGAUGUCUGCACUGGGAGGAAGCUGAAAGCCUUCAAGUCCUGUCUGGUGUGUCUGGUCUCUUACUGUGAGAAUCACCUCCAGCCUCAUUAUGAAUCAACAAAAUUUAAGAAACACAAGCUGGUGGAGCCCUCGGAGACGCUCCAGGAGAACAUCUGCUCUCGUCAUGAUGAGGUGAUGAAGAUGUUCUGUUGUACUGAUCAGCAGAUUAUCUGUUAUCUCUGCUCUGUGGAUGAACAUAAAGGCCACAACACAGUCUCAGCUGCAGCAGAAAGGACUGAGAGGCAGAGAGAGCUUGAGGUGAGUCGACUAAACAUCCAGCAGAGAAUCCAGGACAGAGAGAAAGAUGUGAAGCUGCUUCAACAGGAGGUGGAGGCCGUCAGUCGCUCUGCUGAUAAAGCAGUGGAGGACAGUGAGAAGAUCUUCACUCAGAUGAUCCGUCUCCUCCAGAAAAGAAGCUCUGAUGUGAAGCAGCAGAUCAGAUCCCAGCAGGAAACUGAAGUGAGUGGAGUCAAAGAGCUUCAGGAGAAGCUGCAGCAGGAGAUCACUGAGCUGAAGAGGAAAGACGCUGAACUGAAGCAGCUCUCACACACAGAGGAUCACAACCAGUUUCUACACAACUACCCCUCAGUGUCUCAACUCAGUGAACCUACAGACUCAUCCAGCAUCAAUAUCCGUCCUCUGAGAUACUUUGAGGAUGUGACAGCAGCUGUGUCAGAGCUCAGAGAUAAACUACAGGACAUCCUGAAGGAGGAAUGGACAAACAUCUCACUGACAGUGACUGAAGUGGACGUUUUACUGUCAGGACCAGAACCCAAGACCAGAGCUGGAUUCUUAAGAUAUUCACAUGAAAUCACUCUGGAUCCAAACACAGCACACACAUAUCUGUUAUUAUCUGAUGGGAACAGAAAAGCAACAUACAUGAAUCAACAACAGUAUUAUUCUAGUCAUCCAGACAGAUUCACUGGAUGGCAGCAGGUCCUGAGUAGAGAGAGUCUGACUGGACGUUGUUACUGGGAGGUGGAGUGGAGCGGGUACGGAGUUCGUGUAGCAGUCGCAUACAAGAAUAUCAGCAGAGCAGGAAACCCAAAUGAAUAUGGAUUUGGACACAAUGACAAAUCUUGGGCUUUAUAUUAUUCCAAUAACAAAUAUGAAUUCCGGUUCAACAACAUCUCAACUCCCGUCUCAGGUCCUCGUUCCUCCAGAGUCGGAGUGUACCUGGAUCACAGAGCAGGUAUUCUGUCCUUCUACAGCGUCUCUGAAACCAUGACUCUCCUCCACAGAGUCCAGACCACAUUCACUCAGCCUCUCUAUGCUGGAGUUUCGCUAUGUUAUGCUAUUGGAGACACAGCUGAGUUGUGUAAAGUGAAAUAG